CUUCACUCAAUUGCCUCUUGGUUGUGAAUCCAGCGUCCAUCUUUGUCACGACCACCAAUUGAUUCCCUCAAUCAUCCAGCUUAUUGAGAGCACGAUUGCCAUUCAUCGCCAUGGCACCCACUCCUGAAUCCGAAGCUUUCCUGGCCAAGAAACCCCAAGUUCCUCCUACGUUCGACGGAGUUGACUACGAUGAUACACCAAGACUGAAGGCCGCGCAGGAUGCCAUCAUAAGAGAGCAAUGGGUUAGGAGCAUGAUGGCGCGAUUGGUUAGAGACGAGCUCGGGAAGUGCUAUUAUAAGGAAGGUGUCAACCAUUUGGAGAAGUGCGGAGCAUUGCGAGAACGAUACUUUGAGCUCUUGAAGGAAUCGAAGGUUCGCGGAUACUUGUUCGAGCAACAAAAUUACAUCUCGAAAGAAUAGAAGGAACUCAGACGAGCCGAAAGUGAUCCAUGGGAUGCCUAGGGAUAAUUUCUGGAAUUUCUUGUUUGAAGCUGGUAGCAGGUACUGG